AUGGCCUCUUCUUCUUCUUCUUCCCUAAAAUUGAAUAGCCUAAGAAAAACACUGUGUUAUCAUUUGAAGCAAAAUCGGUGCUAUUCAAAGCUGAAACGUGCAUCAACAUCAUCAUCACCAUCAGAGUUCGACAAAGUUGCAGACGAUGUACCAACUUCAGGAAUCUGUAGACCUCUGUCUGAAAUACUGAAGGAGCUGAACAAGAAAGUUCCCGAUUCUCUCGUCAAAACUCGCAUUGAGAAAGAUGGGUUUCCCAUUAGAUACAUUCCUUGGCAUGUUGUGAACCGUGUUUUGAACUUACAUGCUCCUGAGUGGUCUGGUGAGGUUCGGAGUAUCACCUAUUCUGCUGAAGCCAAGUCUGUUUCUGUUGUUUACCGAGUUACUCUUUAUGGAACUGAUGCCGAGAUAUUUAGGGAAUCAACUGGUACUGCUUCAAUAGAUGAUACAAGCUAUGGAGAUCCUGUACAGAAGGCAGAAGCAAUGGCUUUUCGAAGAGCUUGUGCACGCUUUGGGCUUGGGCUCCACCUUUAUCAUGAAGAGUCCUCAUAA